UAUCACACGUUGCAUUCCAGCGCAGACGAAGAGGAAGAUGGAGGCCACUGCUCGUUGUGCUGCUUUGCUGUCUCUCCUGCUUAUAUCUCAGGGUAAGUCGGGGUGCACUCGCAUGGGACAUAUUAUUCUUUUAUCAUUAUCAUCAACUCACUGGACCUGAACAACUCAGGAAUAUACUCACUGCUCUGUCUUGUUUAUUGUGUCUUUUUGUAACCAUGCUAUUCAAGGAACCAUACAGAUAUUUUACUGCAAUGAAAUCAGGAAUUUAUCAUGAAAGAUUUUUGUUGAUAUUGGUGAAAGAACAAUUUAGAAUAGGGGAUUGUCAAAAAAGCAAUAUUAUAUUUUCUUUCUCAUCAGUGAAGGCUUCUUCUCACAAAUCAUGCAGAAAUAUUUAUCAGUCAUGUGAAACCAAAGCAAACAUCUGCUCACACUUCCCACAUUUAUUUCUAAGUUAUUUCUUUUUCUGUAAUGUUUGGCUUUGAGCCCUCAGUUAGUUUCACCAUCUGCUUCUACAUUUCACGCGUCCAUCGUCGUGGCGCAGCCCUGAUCGCUGUUCACUCACAGGAGGAGGAGGAGGCCGUCCCGGAGGACGAGCUGCAGGAGGAGGACCAGCAGGUGAUCGAGACAUGGACGGGGAACGUCAAGGCCUGCACUUGUGACUGCGAAUCUGCCGAGUCACCGACACUUACCCCCGAGGUCGUCCCACCCGUCCCGCCGACCUCAUUGCCAGCGCCACCGCCACUGGACUGCAUGCCAGAAUGCCCCUACCACAAAGCCCUGGGAUUUGAAUCUGGAUUGGUGACGUCAGAGCAGAUCAGCUGCUCCAAUGAGGAGCAGCACACCGGCUGGUACUCCUCCUGGAUGCCCGACAGGGCUCGCCUGAACAACCAAGGCUUCGGGUGUGCGUGGCUGUCCAAGUUCAACGACCAGUACCAGUGGAUCCAGAUCGACCUGAAGGAGGUGGGGGUGGUGUCUGGGAUCCUCACCCAGGGCCGCUGCGAUGCCGAUGAGUGGAUUACUAAAUACAGCAUCCAGUAUCGUACCGUGGAAACUCUGAACUGGAUCUAUUACAAAGACCAGACAGGAAACAACAGGGUUUUCUACGGGAACUCCGACCGCUCCUCCACGGUGCAGAACCUGCUGCGUCCGCCUAUCGUGGCCCGCUACGUCCGCCUGCUGCCGCUGGGCUGGCACACUCGCAUCGCCAUGAGGAUGGAGCUGUUGAUGUGCAUGAACAAGUGCACCUAAAGCGUUCUCCACCUGCUUUUUCCCUCACCUGCCAACCUGCCACUGCCAAAAGGGGGACAUUUAUUUGUACUAAUAUAUAAAUCUUAGCUUGGACACAUUUUUCAACCGCAUUCAGGGGAAAUCCAGUUGAAAAGAAAUGUAUUUUUCCCCCGACUCCGUCAAUAUAGCUACAGCAGUAGGAGACAAAUGAUUUGAUCAAUUAUUAACAAACCAGAAUCAAACUACUUUACAAAAAUAAAGAGUCAAAUCAAA